AUGCCUGCCACAACAGCGGAGACACUCUCUCUCGUGAGCAGGCAAGUGUCAGUCGCCCCUUUGGUUCUUCUCUCAGCUGCCGAUCAUUACGGUCGAUCGGCCAAGGGCACUCGGAAGCGAGUAGUUGGCGUUCUUUUGGGUCAAAAUGAUGGUAAAAACGUUCGAGUAUCGAACAGCUUCGCGGUACCGUUUGAGGAAGAUGAAAAAGAUCCAUCCGUGUGGUUUCUCGAUCACAACUACGUCGAAUCCAUGCGAGAAAUGUUCAAGAAGGUCAAUGCCCGUGAGAAACUCAUCGGCUGGUACCAUUCGGGCCCCAAGCUACGAGCAUCAGAUUUGGAGAUCAACGAACUGUUCAAAAAAUACACCCCGAACCCUCUCCUCGUCAUCAUCGAUGUCCAACCAAAAGAGGUGGGAGUUCCGACCGAUGCAUACUUUGCAAUCGAGGAGAUCAAGGAUGACGGCACCACUACAACGAAGACCUUUGUGCAUACUCCUUCGAUUAUUGAAGCCGAAGAAGCAGAAGAAAUCGGGGUGGAGCAUCUUCUCCGAGAUAUUCGUGAUGUUGCGGUCGGCACACUUUCGUCCAGGAUCACACAACAAUUACAGUCGCUACAAGGCCUUCACUUGCGAUUGCGAGAUAUCGGCGCAUACUUGCAAAAGGUCCUCGACGGCGAAUUACCCAUCAAUCAUGCCAUCCUCGGAAAUCUGCAAGACAUCUUCAACUUGCUACCGAACCUAACUACCCCUCCAGCCUCCCGACCCAACGGCAAGAACCAAAUCGAAAACAGCGAGUUAGCGCGCGCCAUGAGCAUAAAGACCAAUGAUCAACUUAUGACGAUAUACCUCAGUUCCCUUGUCAGAGCAAUCACCGCAUUCCAUGAUCUCAUUGAUAACAAGAAUCAAAAUCGACAACAACAGGAGGAAAAGGAUGCCAAAAAGGAUGAGGCGGAGAAGAAAGAAGGCGAAAAGGAGAAAGAUAAGGACGAAAGGAAGGCUGGCGCGAACGGAACAGUGAACGGUGACAAGAAGGAAGCCGAGGAGGCAGGAAAUGGAAAAGGAAAGGGGAAGAAGAAAAGCUAG